AUGUUGGACUCGGUAACUCACAGCACCUUCCUACCCAACACAACAUUCUGUGACUCCCUGAUGUCGUGGACAGACGUGUUCGGGAAUGAAGAAUACUAUCCCACCUAUGAUCAUCAAACAGCCUGUGAUUCCUACUGGACAUCCGUCCACCCAGAAUACUGGACUAAGCGCCACGUCUGGGAGUGGCUGCAAUUUUGCUGUGACCAGUACAAGCUGGAUGCCAACUGCAUCUCUUUCUGCCACUUCAACAUCAACGGUUUGCAGCUUUGCAGCAUGACCCAGGAAGAGUUCAUUGACGCUGCGGGGAUUUGUGGAGAAUACUUGUAUUUCAUCCUCCAAAACAUCCGAACGCAUGGUUAUUCCUUUUUUAAUGACAUUGAAGAGACCAAGGCCUCUAUCAAAGACUGUCCCGAAACUACAUGUUUAAAAACGGGUGGCAUCAAAAGCCAGGAAUGUCACAGUCAUGGAAGAAAUGGCCUGCAGAGUUCUCACCUGUGGGAAUUUGUAAGAGACCUCCUCUUGUCUCCUGAAGAAAAUUGCGGCAUUCUUGAAUGGGAGGAUAGGGAACAAGGUAUUUUUCGGGUGGUUAAAUCAGAAGCUCUGGCAAAGAUGUGGGGACAAAGGAAGAAAAAUGACAGGAUGACAUAUGAAAAACUGAGCAGAGCUCUGAGGUACUAUUAUAAAACUGGAAUUUUGGAACGGGUAGACAGAAGGUUAGUGUACAAAUUUGGAAAAAAUGCACAUGGGUGGCAGGAAGACAAGUUAUGAUCGGCUUCAUCCAUCAGGCAUGUUUUAUGGAUUACAUAUAAAAAAAUCAGAUUGUGACAGACAUUUGAAAGUCCUUUUCGUCUCCAUGUCCUGAAGAAAUUUCUACGUGUCAGCUUCCAUCUAAACCCAAUGGGUUGCUGUCUACUACUUUUAGAGACAGGCAGCAGCAAUAUUCUAAGAAUGCUAAUUUGGGGGUUUCUCUUUCAAGACACAGCUGCUGUACCUCAAGAAAGCAUAAUUCCCCUAGUCAUGAUUCUCAGAACAAUAAAGAUAAACAAAAAUCUCCCGAGACUGCUCAGAGGCGAAGGGUGAAAUUCUGUCAUUCAACACUCACUUGGUCCGAUUUUUAGCCCUCUGGCGGCUCAAAAAGAGAAAGGUUAUAGUUUGUAGUUCAUAGAGAUGGUGAGAAGUCAGUUUUUUCAGUGAUGAAAAUCUAAGACUUGACUUAGCAGUCACGCCGGAACACUAACUGAAAUUAGCGCAGUAUUCUAUAAACUGAUAGCAAAGUUUCCUAACUCCACCUUUUUUACACUUAUCCAAACUCACAAACUAUAUUUCUGUAUCAACCAUACA